AGCUCCGCCCUCUCCCGGCUACCGAGCGGGGCCAGUCCCGGGCUGCCCGCGGAGAAGCCUAGGCGGUGGAGGCCCGAGCACUCACGAGGGGAACCGAGCCCGGGAGAGGGGCGAGGGUAGCGUGGGACCCCCCACCCUACCCUUUCCUAUCCGCUGGGGACCUCUUGGUCGGCGAACCGCACCCUCCGCGUGGGCGAAAUCUGAGACACGUGGUUUCCAAGGCCCCCUAUGGCUCCAGGAAAAUUUUAUGGUUCGAGCCACAGAACGGACGGUGCAGUGGUACGGGAGGGCAGAAAGAGCACGAUUUGUGGACUGAGUCCGGCCGUUUCCGCGGUUUUCAUUGAGCGGAAUCCGUGGCCUUUCCCUGACACGGUGAAGUGCUUAAUUUCUUUCGAAGGGGUGCGUGAAGUAGAAACUACUAAUUACAUAUUGCAGACGAAGACCCUGGGGCUCAAAAGCCACUAGCGAGCUAAGUGGCAGAGCCCGGACUGGCACCCCACCCGGGUGGUCCCUGCAUUCAGCCUGGGAUGACACCCAUAUAUCCGGAGGCACCUGGCGACUUCCAGACAUCCUUGGGGGUUCCUGCGGCAGUGAAGAGGGUUUCGAACCUGGACGCGGGCACACGCACGCCGGGUCUCAGGAGCUUUGUUCCUUCCCGAAUCCCUUCCCGCCUCCGCCCCCGGCGUCAUCGUAGCUCCUGGCAACCUGCGCGGCGCUGAAGACCCAGCGCCUUUAAGGGGAGCCGGCGUCUCCCGCAGUCCGUUUCGCGCGCCCGCCCGCGGUGCCCGCCGCUCUGACGGCUCGAACAUGGCCCUGGUGACACUGGUGGCGCGGCCACUGUGGCCCGGCGGGCGCUCUCUGGCCUGGAGGCUGGGCGGCCGUCCCAGGCCCGCGGUCCCGGCGCAGAGCCGGGCUGGCCUUGCGGGAACAGCGGGCGGCCCGGGCCGCGCCGCCGCCCGCAAGCGGAGCCCACGGCUGCUGGGCGCAGCGGCGCUGACCCUGGGAGGCGCCCUGGGGCUGUACCACACCGCGCGGUGGCACCUGCGCUCCCAGGAGCUCCACGCCGAGAGCGCGACCGCGCAGUUCUCCCUACCCAGCAGCCUGCAGCUGACCCUGUACCAGUACAAGAUGUGUCCCUUCUGCAGCAAGGUCCGCGCCUUCCUCGAUUUCCACGCCCUGCCCUACCAGGUGGUGGAGGUAAACCCUGUGCGCAAGACCGAGAUCAAGUUCUCCUCCUACAGGAAGGUGCCCAUCCUGCUGGCACAGGAAGGAGACUGUUUGCAACAAUUGAAUGACUCCUCUGUCAUCAUCAGUGCCCUUAAGACCUACCUCGUGUCAGGGCAGCCCUUGGAGGAGAUCAUCACCUACUACCCACCCAUGAAAGCCGAGAACGACCAGGGCAAGGAGGUGAUUGAAUUCUGCAACAAGUAUUGGCUCAUGUUAGAUGAGAAGGAGGCCCAGCGAAUCUAUGGUGGGAAGGAGGCAAGGACGGAGGAGAUGAAGUGGCGGCAGUGGGCCGAUGACUGGCUGGUGCACCUCAUCUCCCCCAACGUGUACCGCACACCCACUGAGGCUCUGGCCUCCUUUGACUACAUUGUGCAUGAGGGCAAGUUUGGGGCCUUAGAGGGCACUGUGGCUAAGUACGUGGGCGCAGCUGCCAUGUACCUCAUCAGCAAGCGACUCAAGAGCAGGCACCACCUCCAGGACGACGUGCGUGUGGACCUGUAUGAGGCUGCCAACAAGUGGGUGGCAGCUGUGGGCAAAGACCGGCCCUUCAUGGGGGGCCAGGAGCCUAACCUUGCUGAUCUGGCGGUGUAUGGUGUACUGCGUGUGAUGGAGGGCAUGGAGGCCUUUGACGAUCUGAUGCGUCACACACGUAUCCAGCCCUGGUACCUGCGGGUGGAGAAGGCCAUCGCCGAGGCCCCCCCGGUGCACUGAGCAUCCCCGCCAGGAUGAGGCAGUGGGAGACGCCGGCUGCCAGGCACCAGGGCCGCUGGGCCCACCCCCGGCAGGGUGACUGUGCUCAGGUGCAGUGGAGGGGGCAGGAGCCUUCUGCCCAUUGGUGCCCCCCGCCAUUACAUUGAUAUUCUAGGCUACCCCCUGAGCCCUCUUGCUUCUAACACUGAAUAGCUGCUAGGGUCCUGGGGUGCUGGGGUCAAGACUCAGAUUCAAUUUCCGUUCAGCAGACCCCCCGAGAGGCACAGAGACUACUUUGCCCCCCUCACCCCAGCCCUAGAGGAGCCAGCCCACCCCUACCCCCAGCCCUGGGCCACCCUGCUCUCCUGAGGCUCUCAGUGGCUGCUCUGCGACUGCACCCUGUGGGUGGGAAUCAGGCCAGGCUCCAGCCCCAGACAAGUGAAGUAGCAGGAUCUGUUUUAGGGAACACUCCAUCCCUGGCUCCCCCAAGUCCUGCUCUCCCCAAACCCCAUGCAGAACUGCCUGUCAGAUUCACAAUAAAGAAACAGUUUAUUGCUCUGCU